UACGAUAGAGCCGCUCUUUCGAUGAGAGGCACUCAAGCUCGAACCAACUUCGUAUACACUCCAACUGAUGUUCACACUAUUCUCACAAACCCUAAUCUCCAUUCUCUCAUCGUCUCUCCUUAUAAUAACAACCAAUCUUUCUUACCAAACUCUUCUCCACAGUUUGUCAUCGAUCAUCAUCCUCAUUAUCAAAACUAUCACCAACCACAACAAAAUAAACACACUGUCGCCCAAACCGUCUCACCCGCUGCUUCUUUCAAAACGCCAGUUCGUCAUCAAAGCGCGGAUAUUCAAGCGUUUGGUAAUAGUCCUCAAAACUCUUCUUCUAACGGCUCUUUAUCUUCAUCUCUAGACGAAGAAAACAACUUCUUCUUCUCCUUAACAAACGAAGAACAUAAUCACUCCAAUAACAACUCGGGUUACUUGGACUGCAUUGUCCCAAACCACUGCCUUAAACCACCUCCGGAAGCCACCACCACCCAAAAUCAAGCCGGAGCUAGUUUCACAACUCUGGAAGCAAGUAAAGCCUUUGAAUCAUACGGAGGGUUUAGUAAUAGCUACUUCGAAGAAGGUGAGAUGAUGAUGCUGAAUCAUCAUGAGUUUGGUUCAUGUGAUCUUUCUGCCAUGAUCACUAACUAUGGUGCUGCUGCUGCUGCUUCAAUGUCGUUGGAAGAUUACGCGAUAACUGAGCCACAAGAUUUAUCUUCUUCUUCUCUCGCUGCUUUUGGAGAUGUUGUUGCAGACACUACAGGCUUCUACUCAGUCUUUUAG